AUGGUGGAACGAUAUGGAACGCAGCAUUUAUCAUUGCAAAACGAUGAUAUGCCAGUUCAUAAGUCGAUUCCAAUGGAGAGAUUGGAUUUCAUUGAACCAAAUCAAGUAAAACUUCUCUACUAUUGCAAUCCACGUCGAUUCUAUGUAUAUCUCAGGCAAAAGAUCGAUUCACAUGCCUCGUUUCAAAUCGAUUUGCAACGAGCUAUGCAAAACUAUCAAGCAGUUUCACCGCCAAGCACGGAUUAUCAAAAACACCAAGCCAUUGCAGCACAGGAUAAUCUUGCUGUAUGGCAUCGAGCGACGAUACUAAGUGUUCAUCCGAAUUUAAGGGAAGUUCGCCUCUAUUUCGUGGAUGUUGGACAAGAGGAAAAUAUAUCUAUCACAAAUAUUCGUCCACUGCCACAAGAAUUCGUCCGACAACCAGCUUUUGCCAUUCCAUGUCGUCUAUAUGGAGUAUAUCCAUUGUAUGGAGAUGAACAAUCCGGUUGGGAUAUAGAUGAUCCCGUGCAUAAAGAGUUCAAUAAUCAAACAAAUAACAUAGUAGAUUGUAAAGUUUGUGAAAUCAAUGAUCAUAUUUGUUAUGAUGUACAAAUCGAAGUACCGAACGUGGGAGAUUUGGGAAUAUUUCUGUGGAGAAAAAAACUUCUCUCGCAUAUUAAAAUGCAAACAUCUCAAUCAACUAUGUAUAAUACAAAUUCUUCGCAACAACAGCAAUCGUUUGGCCGAAUACCGCCAGGGUUUUCAGGUUUACCAUCCUCGAUACAGCAACCGCAACAAGUAACACCGCAAAAUGAUUAUUACAAUAGUUCGAGCAAUCCAGUGCAACAAUCGCAAACGCGAUCGAUACAAAAACCAGUUGUUCAACAAUCUCCGACCAUGUCAACAUCGAACGAUUUUUCAUCCGAUGUUCGCCGUUUACCAUUACAAGAUGGGUAUUAUACAAUAACUCAAGUUUAUAGUGCUGUGGAAUUCUAUGGGUGUUCUCAUAUUCGUGAAAAAGAAUUGAACGCACUACAUAAUCACUUGCGAGAUUUGUAUAAUGAUGCUAAUGAUAAUGAUCAAUCGUUUAGUGUGCAUUUACUAAUGGAAGGCACGUUGUGUGUCAUCCAGCGAGGCGAUAAAUAUCAUCGUGUAGCAAUCAAACAUCGUGAAAGUGAAACACGCGUUCGAGUGAAACUUGUUGAUCAUGGCGAAGAAAUUCUUGUUGAUACUUCAGAACUGUUACAAUUGGAAAAGAAGUGUUCGACCAUUCCAGCCUUUGUUCAACCAUUUCGUUUGUACAACUAUGAUGAAACUCAAAGUACUGCUCAGACAACGCGUAAUUUAAAACGAUUGAUUUUGAAUCAGCGUGUUAAACUUACUCAACGUCUACCAGCAAUCAACGGAUUUUACCCAGUUGAAAUACGACUAUCCGAUGGUACACUAGUCAAUGAAAGUCUUCUAUCCAGCCAUAAUAUUUCGGUUCCAGCUCCAAAUCCAUCUGUGGAGAAAGUUCAACCAGAAGUAACUCUAGCACGAACCAAUGAUGAUUCACCAGCACCCCAAAAGCUAUUAACUGGUCGCUCUCAACCCGGUCGAUUUCCAUCGAAUCAACCUGCAGCGAAUGAUCGUUUUACGCGACCACAAAAUCAAGAUGAACAACUGCCGAGACCGUUCAAUGGAAGUCAGCAAACAACAAUGGAGCAAAAUCGUCCGUUUAAUCGGGGAUUUGAUAAUGACGAACAAAGAAAUGGAAGCAAUAAUCGUGGAGCAGGUCGUACUUACAAUCGUAACAAUGAUGAACAAGACAACGCAAGUGGUGGACAUCGAAUUGGUGGCUUCGCUAACCGUGGUGGUCAUAACGUCGGAUUUACUGAUCGAGGAAAUCGUACUGGUUAUAACGAUCGAAAUAAUACUGAAAACAAUGAGCAGCGAUUUGGCGGUUUUAAUAAUCGUGGUAGUGGUUUCGCUGAACGAGGAGCUCGUGGUGGAGGUUAUCAAGAUCGCAGUAGUGAUAACCGAAAUAAUUAUAAUGACAACGGAAAUGACAACAAUGCGAAUCAACGACCACAUGGAUUUAGUGGCCGUGGUGGGUCGAAUGGCGAACGAGGAUUUCGAACAGGCGGGUUUGCAAAUUCUCGCGAUAGAAGAGAUGAUCGGGAGAACGGUGGUCGAGGUGGAUUUGGCGAUCGUGGUAACUCACGAGGAGGGCGUGGUGGCCGAGGUACAGGUGGUCGCGGCGGCGGUGGCCGUUUCACUAACGGUUUUUCCGACCGUAAUGACGAUGAUUUCCGAGUAAAUAACGAAAACAGCGAACCGACUAAGUCAUUCAGUGGUUGGUCAAGUAUGCGAUCUGCUCUGAAAGCAUUCGAAGCUGGUGAUCAUUUUACUAAAAAAGAAGUUCCAAAAGAUAUCUUUCAAUUCGUUCUCAGUGAUAUCACAACACCUAGUGAAUUCUUCAUUCAGUUAUUAUCAAAAACGGACGAUGUAUCACAACUAACCAAUCAAUUGCAAGCGGAAUCAAACGAUGCACCUUUAUUACCAUUGACUUCAAUCAAACCCAAUCAAGUCUGUUUAGCAAAAAGUUCAGAUUCAUGUUGGUAUCGUGCCACUGUCCUAUCGGUCAAUUUGAACAAGAUUCAAGUUCAAUUUGUUGAUUUUGGAGAUACCAUGGAAGUCGAUUCACAAAGUAUCCGACUAUUAGCCAGCAAAUUUUGUCUCCAGCCUCCAUAUGCCUAUAAUUGUACAUUACAAAAUGCUGAAGACAUAGACAAUUUCGAUAAAAGUGCUAUUAUCGCCAAAUGUGCUGGGAAACAGUAUCAGGGCAAGUUCGAAAAACAACUUCCGAAUGAAAAGUAUCUUCUUGUAUCGGACGACUUUGAAAAGGCUGUUCUUGGUGAUACUGUGACAAAAUCUACAACAGAGAAGCGAAUAGCAAGUUUGAUUGUUUACAUUGACCAUGAUAAUCAGCAAUUUUUUAUACAAACGAACGAAGAAGUUGCAGAAGAGAUUGCUGAUCAGGUGAAGAACGCGAGUGAAACUGCCACAGAUGAUAUUCAAGUUGGCUCAAUGAUUAUUUCAACAUAUGAAGACGACCUUUAUCGUGCUAUUAUUCAAGAAGAUCUUGGCAAUGAUGUCAAAGUCUUCUAUAUCGACUUUGGCAACACGAAUACUUGUCCGAAAAGUUCAUUGAAGAAAUGUGAUGAAAACUUGAAGCGUUAUCCGCCUCAAGCACAACGCUGUGAACUUGCUGAUGUCGCCAAAGAUGAACUAAGGGAAGCGAUCAAGCAGCUCGAUACUUUAGAAGAGUCAGAUAAAACCGAAGUACUUAUUGUUGAGAAAACCGACGAUCUAUGGCGUGUACGAAUUUAUAUCAAUGGUAGAUGUUUCAAUGAACGGUUUCCUACUGAAUUAGUUCCUGUCGAGAAAAAUGAUUCAAGUUUCGACAUGAACGAUGAAUCGAGUACGACAACUACUACAACAGUUCAGGAACAAGAAAGACCGACGAAUGCAACGUGCAAAAGAACGAAUGAAGAGAUUUUGUCACCAGGUACGAACUCAGCCAACACAUCAAUGGCUCACAAACGACAAAAGAGCGAAUCGGAAAGUGAAGCGAACGCAAAGAAAUUUCAUACAGGAGUUCUCGUGCAUAUCGAUCAAGAUCAGCCGAUUGUUUACAUGCAAUUAUUACCCGAAGCAUAUUCUAUUCUCGGUCAAAUUAACGAAGUAAUUGAUGUUAUUGCUAAAGAUGCUAACCAUGAAGCUACAUAUGAAAUCGGAGAUUAUUGCGUCGCUCAAUUUUCUAUCGAUGAUGCAUAUUAUCGUGCUCGAAUUGAUUCAUGCUCAUCCGAUAACCAAACUUACACAGUUUACUUUCUUGAUUAUGGAAAUCUUGACAAAAAUGUUCCAUUAGAUCGUCUCUUUCCAUAUUCCAAUGACUUGAAACAAAUCGAGCACCUAGCUCAAAAAUACACAUUAGAACAUCAAACAACUGAUUCGUGGACGAAUAUUGUUCGUCCAUUACUUGAACUAAAACUCAAUGACGAGUUCAACUUCUACUAUACCGAUUCCAACAAAACCACGAUUCAUAUCAAAUUCGAUGAGAAUGAAAACCAAAUGUACGUUCAACCAAAAACACUCACAGCAAACAUCUCAGCAGUGAAUAAAGAUUGCUUCUAUAUUCACAUUCUUCCCGAUGUGGAAGCAUCGAUCUGUCAAAUGGAUGAAGAAUUGCACAAUGCUCAAAAAGAACAUCGAACCGAUCGGUCCUGGCAAGUCAAUGAUCGAUGUAUUGUACUAAAUGAUAACAAUCAACAACACUUUCGUGGAGAAAUUCGUGCUAUUCAAAACGACAAGUACGACGUGCAAUGUAUCGAUCAUGGAAAUGUGCUCUUGAACUGUUCAGAAGAUAAUUUAUAUACGUUAAGUGACGAAGAAUUCUUCCAACAAGCACCAUUAGCACAUCGAUGCCGUUUAUUCGGUGUUAAUGAUGAUAAUCAAAUGAAAGCACUCGAUGAAGUUAUUAAACACAUCAAUCCAACAGAACGUGUUACAAUAACAACAAACAAUGAUUGCAAUGAUCAAUGUAUGUACGUAAUGCUGAUUCGAGGAGAUGACGAAAUCGUUAAUGAUCGCUACCAGUCAAACAGCAACGAUCAGCAACAAGCGGAUACUGAAAAGAAAACAGCUGCACUAUCCAAUGCAUCAGACUCGGCUAUCGCUCCCGAUGUUGAUGUAACAGCAAACGAAACAUUGCUUACCUCCACAGAUCAGCAUUUGACAUCUCCGAUUGGUGCACCUCAAGCUGAUAGUACACAUCAAUACGGCGACACGACGGAUGUUAUUGCAUGUAACAGACAAUCAAUUGAUUUCGGUGAAAACGAUCCGUCGACAAGUAAUACAACAAUCAAGGAAGAUGUGGAUGCCAAAGAUGAGAGUGAUAGUGACGUUUGA